AGACUGGCAACAGGUCUCACUGCUCUGGGGGACAAACUGUACGUCAGCCAACAAAAAACUAUUUCAAUAAAUCCGCACAGAGACAUUAUCUCACAUGGAUACAGUCAUCAGUUAGUGACUAAUAGCUGGUUCCUCGUUUCAUGUGGUUUGGCUUUUAUUAAGGACACAUUUUCAGAGGAAUAAUAAAGAUGAUUAAGGACAUGAUUCAGCAUGCGAAGAAACAUCCAGGGUUAAUCCCUCAGUUUUUCUUCAUGACUCUGGGCAUCUCAGGUGCCACGCUCUACCUGAUCCGUCUGGCAAGAGGGCCCCAUGUCACCUUCUGGGACAAAAAGAACAACCCUGAGCCCUGGAACAAGCUCGAUCCGACCUAUCAGUACAAGUUUGUUGCCGUCAACACAGACUACAAGAGCCUGAAGAAGGACAGACCCGACUUCUAAAGGUCCUCCAGGCACGUCCAGGGGCACCAAGUUCAGGAGGACCUCCACUUACAGCUGUCACCUCACCUCAUGUAAAAAACUUUGUGCUCAUGUAACCCUGUGUGUACCUCUGCAACGUCAACUCUGAGCAAAUAAUACAAAGAAGAAAAACAUUAAAAGAUGGUUCUACUUUUAGAGUGAUCUGCUAUAUUUUGUAACAUUCAACUCAUCACAUGUUUGUGGAAGACGGUAUAAAAUUACCUGUGCUUUAACCACCUUUACCUUUACAUUAAGAGUUCUGCACAUUUCAUUUACAAAGAGAUUUUUUUAUUAAAAUCUAAAUAAAUUCAAUGCAUAUUUGUUUAAUUAUGUUGCUUGUUGUAUUUAUAGUGUUUAGUUUGCCAUUCAGCAUUAAUAACCAAGAAUUUUCAAUGACUACUCCUGACUGUGCUUCACCGAUACAUAUGUUCAAUCAAUCAGACAGUUUUAAUGUUAGUUUGAUUAAAACGUAUUAUUUCCUCUGUC